AUGUGUAUUAAUUAACCUUUUAUUUCUUUUUAAACAAACUAAUUUAUCAGGAAAUCAUGGAAGGUAAGUAAGGAAUUCAAUACUUAAGGGAAAUGGUCAACGUUUGAAAGAUCAAUCAUCAUUAAACAGAGAUAAAAAAAAAAAAUUUAAAAUGUCAUCAAUUCAUUUGGAGGAAAAUUUAAAAUUUACUAUUCGAAGAGGAGAAGAGAGAAUUAUUUUCGAGUGUAUAAGUUCCUAAGUGAAACUUCAUAUUAAGGAAAGAACUGAAAAAAGCUGCUAUCUAGGCUUGUUAUUCAAGUCUAUCUGA